GAAUGCUCUCCUGAAAAAGUUGGAAGAUUUUCCCAAAAUCGCAAACAGAGAAAACUGCAAGUUAAGGGAGCUAGGUGAUCUCAUCUCAGAGCUUGAUGCUGCCCGGGUAGAUGGACUCCUGCAUGGCCUGAGUUACCUAGACACGUCCCGGGGCAUCACACCCAUUGUUCAGAAAAUCCCAUUUCACCUCCAAGAAAAAUGGAUCACCACAGCAUCCUACUAUAAAGAGCAACACCAUGCUUCAUACCCGCCAUUUCCUGUUUUCGUGAAGUUUGUGUGUGACAAAGCUAAAACUUUAAAUGACCCAAGCUUUACUCCCUUGCUUUCUACUGGUGGUCCAAGUGUUUAUAGGCCUGAAAGAAUGAACAAGCCCAAUUUCAAAACUGCAGUAUCUGUUCGAAAAACUGAAAUACUUGCUCCAAAAGGCAAUCGUGAAUCCUCUGACCAAAAGGUGGUUGACCCGGAUAAACUGUGCCCGCUCCACAACAAACCACACUCCCUUCGCAAGUGUCGUGGUUUCAGAGCAAAGACUUUGGAUCAGAGGAAAGUCAUUCUGAAAGAAUUGGCCAUUUGUUACAAGUGCUGUUCCUCCGUCAACCACAUGGCAAAAGAUUGCGACUCAAGUGUACAUUGCAAUGAGUGCAAAAGUGACCAACACGUCACCGCACUGCACCCUGGACCAGCACCCUGGAAAACGGAAACUCCAGGCUCUGAAGCUCCUAACGUGCAUGGCGGGGAGCAAGCAGAAAGUCCUAUGCGCGCCAAUGUGUCCAAAUGUACAGAGGUAUGUGGAAAAGGUAUCAGCUCACGCUCAUGCUCCAAAAUCUGUCUUGUAAACAUUUAUCCUGCUGGGCACAAGGAAAAGGCAGUGAAAGCCUAUGUUGUGUUAGACGAGCAAAGCAAUAGGUCUUUGGCAAAGACAGAAUUCUUUGAGAUCUUUAACGUUAACACAGGCACCAAAAUUUACACUCUGAAGACCUGUUCAGGCGUAGGAGAGACAAGGGCACGCCAAGCUGACGGGUUCAUACUGGAGUCUCUUGACGGCAACACUAGCGUCCGGCUGCCCACAUUAAUCGAGUGCAACAUGCUCCCAGAUGAUCGAUCUGAGAUCCCGACACCGGAGGCUGCAAGACACCACACUCACCUCAAGCAUUUGGCAGCCAAGAUUCCUGAUUUGGACCCUAAUGCUUCAAUACUGGUCCUCCUCGGUCGGGACAUACCAAGAGUGCACAAGGUCAGAGAACAUUACAACGGCCCCCACGAUGCUCCGUACGCCCAGCGCCUCGACCUGGGCUGGGUCAUAAUAGGUGAUGUGUGCCUUGGGGGUGCUCAUGUGCCUAGCAAAGUUAGUGUUUACCGCACAUCAGUGUUGAACAACGGACGUACAUCUCUGUUGGACUCUUGCACCAAUUCAUUCCACGUUAAAGAAAAGGUUCUGAGCUCUGACGGCCCAUUUAACGCUGGGAACAUGUCCAGCUUGAUGGACAUAGACGGAAACGACUGUCUCACCAACAAAUUGUUCAUGAGAACCCCACAUGAUGACAAACCUGCCAUGUCAGUGGAGGAUGAACUCUUCUUGGAGAUCAUGGAUGAACAAAUGUUCAUGGACGAGUCCAACAGCUGGGUGGCGCCACUGCCCUUCAAACCGAACAGGCACAGAUUACCCAACAAUCGAGACCAAGCAGUCCAACGUCUCAACUCACUGCGUCGAGUGCUUGACAAAAAGCCCCAAAUGAAAGAACAUUUCUUGAACUUUAUGGAGAAAAUGUUUGAGUCAGGACAUGCAGAACCCGUCCUGCCAUCCACCAAAGACCAAGAGUGUUGGUACCUACCGUUUUUUGGUGUAUACCAUCCACGCAAACCUGAUCAGAUACGGGUAGUGUUUGAUUCUAAUGCAACUUACAAAGACACGUCUUUGAACAAUGUUUUGUUGAGUGGUCCAGACAUGAACAACACACUUAUUGGGGUUCUCUUGCGCUUCCGAAAAGAACCUGUGGCAAUCACUGCAGACAUACAGCAAAUGUUCUACUGUUUUGUCAUUCGCGAGGACCAUCGCGACUUUGUGCGUUUCCUGUGGUACGAAGGCAACGAUCCUACAGAGGCAAUCAGAGAGUACAGGAUGACUGUACACGUGUUUGGAAAUAGCCCGUCUCCUGCCAUAGCUAUAUAUGGUCUCAGGAGGGCGGCGCUGGCCACACAAGAUGAGUACAGUGACGAGGCCAAACAGUUUGUUCUUAAAAACUUUUACGUCGAUGACGGACUGGCUUCUUUUCCUUCAGACAUUAGCGCCAUUCAAACUCUGAAAAGCGCCAAAGAAAUGCUGGCGGACUCUAACAUUCGUUUGCACAAAAUAGCCUCCAAUAGCACAGACGUAAUGGAAGCAUUUCCAUCUGAGGAACGUGCAAAAGAAUUGAAAAAUCUUGACCUUGGCGCAGAGCCCCUGCCCUUGCAGAGAAGUUUAGGGCUUAACUGGGACUUGCAAAAUGACUGUUUCACCUUCCUCGUAUCAAGAGAAGACAAGCCAUUCACAAGAAGAGGCAUCCUUUCUGCUGUUAACAGCUUGUACGAUCCUCUUGGGUUUGCUGCCCCCAUCAUCAUGCAAGGCAAAGCUCUCAUCAGAGAAUUGUGCUCAGAGAACUGUGACUGGGACACUCAAUUGCCAGCAGAAAAAGAGGCACAAUGGAAAUCUUGGAAAGAUUCACUUGUAGACCUUGAGAAACUUCAAAUUCCUAGACAGUAUGUGAACACGUCACUGCAAUCUACCUGUCAAAGAGAGUUGUGUGUCUUUGCAGAUGCUUCUACAUCAGCUAUUUCAGCAGUUGCGUACCUUCGAGUCAUAGACACCAAAGGUCACGUCCACGUAGGCUUCUGCAUGGGCAAGUCCAAAUUGGCUCCUAGACAAGUCCACACAGUACCUCGCUUGGAGUUAUGCGCUUCAGUUCUGGCGGUGGAGCUGGCAAACAUGUUGCUAAAUGAACUUGACAUUGAAAUUCACAAAGUGAAAUACUACACUGACAGCCGAGUAGUCUUAGGCUAUAUCAAUAACAGCAGCCGAAGGUUCUAUGUCUACGUAGCCAACCGUGUUGCUCGCAUCAGAAAGUCAUCCGAACCCAGUCAGUGGCACUUAGUGAGCACGGAAAUCAAUUCUGCCGAUCAUGGAACACGGCAUGUGCCAGCUUCCUUGCUGAGUUCUACCAAUUGGUUCACUGGUCCCGACUUCUUGAGGGAAAGUGAUGGAGAGUGUCCUGUGCAAUCGAACGACUUUCAACUUGUUGAACCUGCCACAGACAUUGAAGUCCGCCCACAAGUCUCUACAUUUGCAACUACAACCGUGGCAAAUUCGCUCGGGUCACACAGGUUUGAGCGAUUCUCCAGUUGGAAACGCCUCACUCAAGCUAUCGCCAAGCUCAUUGAAAAGGCCAGAUCUAUCUCAAAAGCUACUGAUUCAAAUGAAGCAAAGAUGGACGCUCUAACUCAAGCAAAGUUAGUCAUUGUACGAACUGUUCAAGGUGAGACCUUUGAAAAAGAAUUGAGAACUCUGAACAAAGGUGAGGACAUACUAAAACACAGUCCACUGAAGAAUCUCAAUGUGUUUUUGGACGAAGAAGGACUGGUGCGAGUAGGAGGACGUGUGACUUCUGCUGAAAUAACUCAAGAACAAAGCCAGCCUAUCGUGAUUCCAAAGAAGCAUCACAUUGCUGCUUUGCUGGUUCAGUUCUACCACGAACAGAUUGUGCACCAAGGCAGACACAUCACUGAAGGAGCCAUUAGGUCUGCUGGACUGUGGAUCCUUGGAGGAAAAAGGUUGGUUACAAAUCCUCUCAACAAAUGCACAACCUGCCGCCGGUUAAGAGGAAAUGUACAACAACAAAAAAUGGCAGACAUUCCAGCUGAUCGUCUCUUCCAAUCUCCUCCUUUCACGCAUGUCGGAGUAGACGUGUUUGGACCGUGGAACAUCUGCAUCCGCCGUACAAGAGGUGGAGUGGUAGAAAACAAACGCUGGGCAGUAAUGUUCACCUGUUUAGUCACACGAGGAGUUCACAUCGAGGUAGUUGAGUCUCUCUCUACUUCAAGUUUCAUAAAUGCGCUCAGAAGGUUCCUGGCCAUAAGAGGACCCACCAAACUUUUCCGUUCAGAUUGUGGAACGAACUUCGUUGGAGCGUGUAGGGAGCUUCAGAUAAGUUCAGAAGACCCAGAGCUUCAAUCCUACCUCAAAAAGGAGGCAUGCACUUGGAAGUUUAACCCACCUCACUCUUCUCACAUGGGAGGGGUGUGGGAAAGAAUGAUCGGAGUGGCUCGACGUAUCUUUGAUGCUAUGAUGCUGAAGGUUCAUUCUCCAAAUCUGACUCAUGAAGUACUUGUGACGCUCAUGGCAGAGGUAACAGCCAUAAUGAAUGGUCGUCCAUUAGUACCUGUGUUAUCUGAUCCUCAACAACCUGAUUUGUUGACUCCGAGGGCUCUUCUCACUCAGAAAAUCUGUCCCGUUUCUAUUCCUCCUGGAGACUUCGAUCCAAAAGACUUGUACCGGAAGCAGUGGAAACAGGUGCAGAGUCUGGCUAACUCGUUCUGGAAACGAUGGAGAGAAGAGUAUCUUGCAACCCUUCAACCAAGAAGAAAAUGGCAAGCAAAUCAACCAAACUUAGCCAUUGGUGACGUUGUCCUCCUAAAGGACUCUCAGGUCAAAAGAAACGAAUGGCCUACUGGGCUUAUUGUGGACACUUAUCCUGGUCGAGAUAAAAGAGUACGUAAAGUAGAUGUACGCAUAGUUAAAGAAGGUACUGCUAAGGUGUACUCAAGACCUGUUUCGGAAAUUGUGUUAUUAGUUAAGGGUUAAUAGUGUUAUAGUAGUAUUCCAGGCGGGGAGUGUACUGCCCCCUUGUGAGAAGAGGUAUUUAAGUUUUGAGUCUCUUGUGUUUUGUCCACGCAGAGUUUCCGUUGCUCAGUCGUUCUCAUAACAUUCUCACUGCAAGUCAAACUCCGGAGUGUUAAAGUUUAUAAACUAUCAUUUUGGUCUCUGACGAAUAUCUGUCUUUUUACAGUCCUUUCAGUAAAACACCACAAAACAGCAAGAAGCUUCUGGUUCUUUAUUGGAAACUGUUAGCUAUCUGUAAAGCUAGUUAAUGCACACUAGUGAAGGCAGAAUAGUA